GAACUUUGUAGAUGAAAGGUGGACUGCUCAAAUGUUCAUAUAUCCUCUGAUGAAAGAACAGUUCUUUUGGAACUUUCCUCUAGAAGAUUAAAUGUUUACCAAUUAAGGGGAUAGAGGCAUGGAGCAAUUAAUUCUGCCAAUUUUGGGCUUCAGAACAUUCCAAUGUAACUACUUGGAUAGAUUCUGAUUUGAUUUUAAUUCAUUUUCCUGAUAAAUAUGUCACCUAGGUGCCUGUUUUGAUAUUUAUAUUGAAGAAUUUAUUAAUUUAUUUAUGAGGGUAGAAAUCUUGGGUUAGUUACUUUUUUGGAGGGAUUGGCAGGUUCUUUUAUGUUUGACAAUCGGUUUAUUUUAGGUGGAAGGGUAUCCUUCCUGUGGUAUUCUGCAGAUACCAAACCCAAAGCUGGAGGAUCAGUCGGUUAUAAAGUGGUAGUAACUGAUCUUUAGAGAAGAGGCAGUUGCCUGUUGAUACACUCUAGCAUGUGAGAAUAAUUCCUCCAGUCCAGUGGUGGAACAUUUGGAGUCCUGUUUAAAGUAAGAAACCUUAGCUGAGGUUAAAUAGUCUGGCAGUCGAAUGCUUCUACAUGGUGAAGAAUAUAACCCGGCUUCAAAUCAGUCCGGUGCCACUCAUUCUGCUUUCCUUCUUUAGUGUGUAUAAUAACUAAGCUUUUUAUAUGUUUGGCAGUCAUCACAAUGCAACUAUAUUUGCCAACCCCUUUAAAAUUGUUGGACAAAUCCCAUGGAGGUAUCCUUGCCUUUGAAGUUUGUCUUAGCGCAUUUUUCUGCUUGAAGUGCAGACACUGUCACUUAAUAAUCUUUUUGGCUUGUCUCUCAUCCUCCAUCUGUCGACACCUCACUCCAUGGUAUCAAACACCUCAAGUGUAAUCUCCAAAUUCUUGAGAAUUUCUACGUUGGUAGGUUCAAUUGUAAGGAUUGAACAUUUUGCCUAGGUUUAGAUUUGACUCUUAAUGCUAGUAUUUCUAUUGAAAAUAUAAUGGUUACAAUAUUAUGCGUAAUUGUAAACUUAAAAUCAUGAUAUCUCAUUUUAUGAUUGAUUUUUUAGGAAAAUUAUGUGACUAUUACAUGUAUUUAUUCAUUUAAUAUCACAUCAUCACUAUCAUCAUUAUAAGUUUACAAUUCUACAUAAUUUUGUAACUAUAUCAUUUUAGUAUUCCUUUGUGAUUAGGCAACCUGUAGAUACU